AUGUCUCCUUCAAUGAAGGACUCGGAAGGGUCGAAGACCAGGGGUCUCUCUCAGGUUCGGAGGACGACGCUGGGGUCUAUAUGUCAGUAUCUGGAUGCAAACAAGGUGGACGCAGAUACCGACGACGACACAAGCACCUCCCUGACAUCCCAAACUUUGAAUGCGGAUGGCACGCCUAAGCGAGACGUCCCCAAGUCUCCGCAGGAAAAUCAAGCAAUGCGGACGGGGGAUGUCAGCAAAGUCUUAAGUCGAGAAUGGAAUGCUAUGGACAUGCCCGAGAAGCAGUUCUACCUUGAUCAAGCCAAACACCUGAAGGAUAAUUUCAAUCUCAAGUACCCGGAUUACGUUUACAGACGGAGACCGAACAACAGCCGCAAAAAGCGAAGAGCAGAUUCCACAGGCGCUGGAGACUCUGCUUCGACCACAGACUCAGUCGACGAUCAGUCUUCCAAUCCAGAGUAUGGCGAGAUAUCUCCUAUCGAAUACCAUCAUGAUUCUCAAGAAAGAUAUGAGAGCAGCGGACCAGAAGUCUCUACAUCCACGGAAGCCACAUAUGAUACUUCCUACUUGCCUCCGGCGCCAGCGUCGAGUUAUCAACCGGCUGAUUCGUUGCCAUAUCAUGCCCAUAAUGCAAAUGACAGACGGGCACCGUACCCGUCCUCUCACGAGCGCAUCACACCUGAUGCCGUUAUGGGCACAUCCACAUCCGCACCUCACGGAUCAGCGAAUACUGUUUAUUUUUCCUCCUUCGGUCACAAUGUAGCCCAUGCCCAGUCAGCUUACCUGCCAAGUCAGAGUGGAAGUGAAGCGCAAUGGCACCCCUCCAGUCGCUCUAGUCGAGACGAUUUAGCGCGCAUACCUGUCCAAUCUUGGUUGCAGAGUGGUUCGGAACCGUCCUUACACUCUGGGGACGACAUGCAUCGUCAGUACCAAGUAGCUCAGACAUCACCGUCAUCAUGGGGUGCUGACUCCUCGGAGCCACCAGCUUCGAACAAUCCAUCGGUCCAUUCCUCGAGCUAUGGCUUUCCCACGUUAAACUCUCCUUUCUAUCCGUCUCAGAGCAGCUCUCACAACGCUUAUACAGCCCAACAAUCUCCGUCGCAGAUAUCUGACAUUUCUCAUCACUACGGUGCUGUCGACCACAUUCAAGGGAGCUCAGCGGCACCCAGGCAAGAGGAUACAUACCAUAGUCGUCAAUAUUCCACAGCCCCAGCAUUGCCAGCGGGAUAUCCGCAAAGUAGUGGUUCAACCAUCCAUCAAUACCACACGCAAUCUCGGAAUAUUCUUGCCCCGGUACCGUUUACACCCGUGCAGCCAAUCUCGGUGUACUCGCACACGCCGUCAAUGAACACAACUUGCCCCGCUGGAUCGGAAACAGAUUCUGCCUCUCAACUCCAGUAGUGUGAUGAACCUUGUCGAAUACCAGUAGAAUUUAACGAAUACUUCUCUGCAGUGUAGAUGCCUAAUCAUAGUACGGGAUUUCAUAUAUCUUAGUUCAUCAUUCACGCUACACGCUCAGCUUUUCUGCUAUCGCCCU